UUCUGUCAAAUGCGAAUCACAACAGUGCAGUUUUUGGUUGCAGUGAAAAGUGUAAUGUUAAAAAAUUUGUUUUUUGUUCUACAAUAACAAGGGUUUCGUUCUUUUACAUUAAUUUCACCAAACUGUGGAUAUUUAGAAAACCAGCAAACUGCAACGUUUACUCAGUUGGAUUGUUCAGCUUAUCUUACGCUGACGGUGCAUUCCACUCAGAACGUGAACAAAUUUUAAAUCCAUCAGUCUGUUUUGGACCCUUUCAACCGCAGCAAGAUGAAACCGACCGGUGAAGUGCUGACCGCGCUCCGGUCGCUGAUGGCCGAUUUACCCAACAGCUUGGGCUCGAUCAACGCCUAUAUCAUUCCAUCGGAUGACGCGCACCAGAGUGAGUACCUGGCGAAACGGGACGAACGGCGUGCUUUUAUUUCGGGCUUCGAUGGCAGCGCUGGAACGGCGGUUGUCACCGAGCGGGAAGCUCUGCUGUGGACCGACGGUCGCUACUACCAGCAGGCCGGUAAGCAGUUGGACUCCAACUGGACACUGAUGCGUGACGGACAGCCCGCAACUCCUACAAUCGAUGCCUGGUUGGCGAAGGUGCUUCAGCCGGGAUGCCGAGUGGGUGUCGAUGCCAACCUGAUGUCAACACGUGCAUGGAAUCCACUGCAGACGUCGUUGAAAUCAGCCGGUUGCUCACUGCUUCCUAUCUCGCCUAAUCUGAUCGAUUUGGUUUGGAAGGAUCAACCAGCAGCACCGCAAAAUCCGAUUUUUCCGCUGGGGUUGCAUUUGACCGGCCAAUCGGUGGCCGAGAAGCUCGCUGCCGUUCGUGAGAAAAUGGUAGAAAAGCGAGCUACGGUGUUAGUAGUUAGCGCUCUGGAUGAAAUCGCUUGGUUUCUCAACCUGCGCGGUGCCGACAUCGAUUAUAAUCCGGUGUUUUUCUCCUACCUGCUGGUGACGCUGGAAGAUUUGUACUUCUUUGUUGACGAGAGCAAAUUUAAGCCCUCAGUCAGUGCACAUUUUCAGGCUAAUCAAGUUCAGCCACUGAUCCGUCCUUACCAGGCCGUUCAGGAGGUGCUGAAAACGCUGGUUGAAGCCAGCGGGAGUCGGGUUUGGAUCAGUUUGGGAUCGAGUUACGCCUUAACCGCGCUCGUUCCCGAGGAGAAACGAAUCCACGAGAUUACACCGAUUAAUCUGAUGAAAGCGGUUAAAAACGAAGUGGAAGUUGCCGGCAUGCGGCAGUGUCACAUCCGCGACGGGGUCGCUUUGUGUCAGUACUUUGCCUGGCUAGAACGGUGCCUGCGGGAAAAUCGUGCGGUUGACGAAAUUAGCGGAGCGGAUCAGCUGGAGAAGUUUCGAAGCAAGCAGGAAAAUUACAUGGGUCUCAGCUUCACCACCAUCAGUGCUUCUGGUCCGAAUGGAUCCGUAAUCCACUAUCAUCCAUUACCGGAAACGAAUCGACCAAUUUCCACCAAGGAGAUGUAUCUCUGCGAUUCUGGUGCUCAGUAUUCGGACGGAACAACGGACGUUACUCGAACGGUUCACUUCGGGACACCCAGCGAAGAGGAAAUCCAUGCAUUCACACGUGUGCUAAAGGGUCAGAUCGCUCUCGGAACAGCCAUUUUUCCGCGAAAGGUGAAGGGUCAAUUCCUGGAUACAAUUGCGCGGAAAGCACUAUGGGACGCCGGGCUGGAUUAUGGUCAUGGAACUGGACACGGAAUCGGACAUUUCCUGAACGUCCACGAAGGCCCUAUGGGCAUCGGUGUUCGUCUUAUGCCGGAUGAUCCCGGUUUGGAGGAGAAUAUGUUUCUUUCCAAUGAACCUGGUUACUACAAAGACGGCAAGUUUGGGAUUCGCAUCGAGGAUAUCGUCCAAGUUGUAUCGGCCUCUAUUGGGGAUAAUUUCAACGGUCGUGGAGCCCUGGCGUUCAGUACUGUUACCAUGUGCCCGAUCCAGACGAAAUUAAUUGAUGUUUCGCUACUGACGGAAAAAGAACGCGGCAGCCUGAAUCGAUACCAAGAAACCGUCCGGGAGACGUUGUCACCGCUGUUGAAGAAGGCCAAUGAUGUCGAAACGUUGGCUUGGCUGGAGCGCGAAACGCAGCCGGUUUAAAAUAGAGUUAAAAAAGAUAUAUAUUUUGUUGAUAAAUGCCAUUGUUUUACGUUCAGAAAAAUAAUAAACUAUAUUUUCAGCAUGUUCUUAAAAUA